AUGGCGCUGAGCUUCGCUGCCCAGGGUUGGGCUGUGGGAGAGGGGUGGUCUUCCACUUUGGGGGGCGAGGGCAGGCUGCCUGCGGACUACGUGAUUGGGGGCUUGUUUCAGAUCCACAUGGAGGCACAGUCCGACUGGUCCAAGCCAGAGAUUCCCAAGUGCGAGAGCUUUUCGGCCGACGGAUACCAGCAUUUUCAAGCCAUGAGGUUUGCGAUGGCUGAGAUCAACAACUCCACCUCGUUGCUGCCGAAUGUCAGCCUGGGCUACGAGGUGUUCGAUGACUGCCAGAUCAACAUCGACACCCUGGCCAGUUUUGCCUUCACCAGAGCCCCGCGGUGCUCCCACCAUCCCGCUGUGGCCGCCGUGAUCGGUCCGUGGCAGUCGCAGUCCGCCAUCAUCACGGCCACCAUCCUGGGUCUGGACCUCAUUCCGCAGAUCAGCUAUGGAGCCACGGUCGAGUUACUGAGUGACAAGAGGAGCUUCCCGUCGUUUUUCCGAACCAUCCCGAGUGAGGAAACCCAGAUCGAUGCCAUUCUCUUAUUGAUCAGGAGGUUUCAGUGGAAUUGGAUCUCGGUCAUCGGGAGCAGCAAUCAGUACGGAGUGAACGGGAAGCUCAAAGUCAUUGCGGGCGCCUUAGCCAACGGGAUCUGUGUGGCUUUCCAGGGAACGAUCCCAGAGCACGGACUGGAUUCCGAGCGGGAGAUAGCGGAGAUCGUCGGCAACAUCAUGCACAGCAGAGCCAACGCGGUGGUGGUGUUUUCCGAGAUCGUGAGCGCUGAGCUUUUCUUCCGCGUGGCAGUCGGCCGCAACGUCACGGGCAAAGUGUGGAUCUUGAGCGAGGACGUCUCCCUCCAGAGGCUUCUCUCCGAUAUUCCCAACAUCUGGAAAAUCGGCACCUUCCUGGGGAUCGGGGUCAAGCGGGGUCAGACGGACGUGGGAUACAUGCAAUUCGUGCAGGAGGCAGUUUAUGAGAAUUUAAGAUACUCUGAGCUGCAGAAUGUCUCUCAGGCCAGCGGUGACCUGACCUGCGGACCCAUUAAUCACAGGAACCUUUCAAUCCCUUCAGAAAGCCUCAGGUUGGUGUUGGGCUACCUGGACUGGCGAGUGGCGUUCAAUGUCUACACCGCGGUCUAUGCUGUAGCUCACGCUCUGCACCAGUUACUUCAAUGCAACACCGGAGAAUGCAACAGGUCCACCGAGGUCUAUCCAUGGCAGCUGCUGGAGGCUCUGCACGCAGUCCGCUUCUCUCUCCACAACACCUCGGUUUACUUCGACCGGAACGGGAACCCUCCGAUGGGGUACGACAUCAUUCACUGGAUUCCGACGUCAAACUGCUCCAACGAGUGUGAACCGGGACAGUUUAAAGAAAUCGUCGGAUUUAAAGCGUGUUGCUUCACGUGCAAGGACUGCCCCGCGGGAACUUUCCAAAACCAAUCCGGUUUGUACGAAUGCACGGCCUGCGAGCCGAGCCAGUGGUCUACGACGAGAAGCGUAGUUUGCCACAACAGAACGCUGCUGUACCUCAGCUGGGGGAGCAACAUCUCCAUCGCUUUGGGCGCGCUGUCGGGGGCCGGGAUCCUGCUGAUAGCCGGCAUCGCCGCGCUCUUCGUGGCCAACCUGGACACGCCUGUGGUGAGGGCCGCCGGGGGCCGGCUGUGCCUCCUGGUCCUGGCGUCGCUGGCGUGCGUCUAUGGCAGCGCCUGCCUCUCCAUCGGCAAACCCAAUGCUGCCGUCUGCCGAGUCAGGCAGCUGGUAUUUGGCGUCAGCUUCACCCUCUGCCUCUCGUGCCUGCUGGUGAGGUCCUUCCAGCUGGUCUGCAUCUUCAAACUAGCCACCAGGCUGCCCAGGGCCUACGACUACUGGGUCAAGUACGGGGGUCAGUACGUGUUCAUCGCCGCGAGCACAGCCGUCCAGUUUGUCUUCUGCCUGAUCUGGCUCCUGUGCGAUCCUGGCAAAAUGCAGCCCAACUACUCCUUUUCGGAGACGAAAAUGCUCCUGGAGUGCGCCAACUCCACGCUUCUCUACGUGCUCCUGUCCAACGUGGGUCUCGUGCUGCUCAGCCUGCUCUGCUUCUCCUUGGCUUACUGGAGCAAAGACCUGCCCAAGAACUACAAUGAGGCCAAGGCCAUCAGCUUGAGCAUGGCCCUGUGCCUCCUGGCCUGGACCCUCUGGCUCCUGGUUCUCUUCUCCACCUCGGCCAGUUUCGCUGUGGUGGGCGAAGCUUCCGCCAUCCUCUUGUGCUCGUACGCGAUCACGGGUGGCUAUUUCCUCCCCAAAUGCUACGUCAUCCUGUUUAAACCGCAGCACAACACCACAGCCUUCUUUCAAACCUGCAUCCAGGCGUAUACGAGAAGCAGGUCUGCUCUCGACCCAUAG